ACGAAGCGAGCGAAAUCAAGCCUUUCUGUGCACAGCUGUCAAAGUGUGUGGUUCGCUCUCGUUCUUUUGGCUUCCGGCAUCGGUGCUGAGCUGUUGUUGCAGUUAAUCUGAUCAAAUCGCCAAGAUGUUUAUGCCCAAGGCUCAUAGGGUUGCCAUCUACGAGCACCUCUUCAAGGAGGGUGUGCUGGUGGCAGAGAAGAACUUCUACGCUCCGAAGCACCCGGAGCUGGACACCAUCCCAAACCUGCACGUCAUUAAGACGAUGCAGUCACUGAAGUCGAAGAAUUUCGUGAAGGAGCAGUUCGCUUGGCGCCACUACUACUGGUACCUCACCAACGAGGGAAUCGAAUACUUGCGCGCCUACCUGCACCUGCCGUCGGAGAUUGUGCCGUCGACACUGAAGCGCGCCGCCCGUUCCGAACCGCAACGCGCCCGUCCCCAGGCCGGUCCGCGUCCGGAUGGACCGAAGGGUGGCGAAGACCGUCAGGCGUACCGGCGCACCCAGCAGGCAAACCCGGGCGACAAAAAGGGAGACGUCGGUGCCGGCACUGGUGACCUGGAGUUCCGUGGUGGAUUUGGUCGAGGAAACCGCAUGUAAGGCGAUACGCGUUUAAAUGAAGCCGCAGACGUUCCAAUUGUGAAGUAAGGUGCGUCCAAUCUACCCCUUUGCGUCCGUGCAGUCCCAAAUAUCGUGGUGGGAUCCGAUGGCAAAUGUAUCGGAAGGGUGGUAAAUAAAGUUUCAGAAUAAUAACCCAAAAAA